GUCCCGGCGGGUGGAGGGAGGCGCGGAGGCGGCGCAGCGGCCAGUGCCCCGAGAGCCCGCCGUGUCCGCCGCCGGCCCGGCGGCCAGUCUUUCCCGCGCGAGCCGCCGCCGCCCUCCCCGAGAGUCCGGGCCGUGGCCCCGAGGCGCGGCGGGCGGAGCGGCCUCCCGGGGACGCCGCGGGGCGAGAGGAAGGUGCCCGCGCCUUUGCCUUCGUCGUGGCCCAGCGCACGGGCGGAGCGAUGAGGGGCGGCGAGCGGGCGGCGGGCGCGCUGCGGCCCCGCGGGCGGCUCUGGCCGGUGCUGGCCGUGCUGGCGGCCGCCGCGGCGGGCUGCGCCCGGGCAGCCAUGGACGAGUGCACGGACGAGGGCGGGCGGCCGCAGCGCUGCAUGCCCGAGUUCGUCAACGCCGCCUUCAACGUGACCGUGGUGGCCACCAACACGUGCGGGACUCCGCCCGAGGAGUACUGCGUGCAGACCGGGGUGACCGGGGUCACCAAGUCCUGUCACCUGUGCGACGCCGGGCAGCCCCACCUGCAGCACGGGGCAGCCUUCUUGACCGACUACAACAACCAGGCCGACACCACCUGGUGGCAAAGCCAGACCAUGCUGGCCGGGGUGCAGUACCCCAACUCCAUCAACCUCACGCUGCACCUGGGAAAAGCAUUUGACAUCACCUACGUGCGCCUCAAGUUCCACACCAGCCGCCCCGAGAGCUUCGCCAUUUACAAGCGCACCCGGGAGGAUGGGCCCUGGACCCCAUACCAGUACUACAGUGGCUCCUGCGAGAACACCUACUUCAAGGCCAACCGAGGCUUCAUCCGGACAGGAGGGGACGAGCAGCAGGCCUUGUGCACAGACGAGUUCAGCGACAUUUCCCCGCUCACUGGGGGCAACGUAGCCUUUUCCACCCUGGAAGGAAGGCCCAGUGCCUACAACUUUGACAACAGCCCCGUCCUGCAGGAAUGGGUAACUGCCACUGACAUCAGGGUCACUCUGAAUCGCUUGAACACCUUUGGAGACGAAGUGUUUAAUGACCCGAAGGUCCUCAAGUCCUAUUAUUAUGCAAUCUCUGAUUUUGCUGUGGGUGGUAGAUGUAAAUGUAACGGGCAUGCAAGUGAGUGUGUGAAGAAUGAAUUUGGCAAGCUGGCAUGUAACUGCAAGCACAAUACUUACGGGGUAGACUGUGAGAAGUGUCUUCCUUUCUUCAAUGACCGGCCAUGGAGGAGGGCAACUGCAGAGAGCGCCAGCGAAUGCCAACCCUGCGACUGCAAUGGGCGAUCACAGGAAUGCUACUUUGACCCUGAGCUGUAUCGUUCCACUGGCCACGGGGGCCACUGCACCAACUGUCAGGGUAACACAGAUGGUGCCAACUGUGAGAGGUGCCGGGAGAAUUUCUUCCGCCUUGGAAACCAUGAAGCCUGCUCUCCGUGCCACUGUAGUCCUGUGGGUUCUCUGAGCACACAGUGUGAUAGCUACGGCAGAUGCAGCUGUAAGCCAGGAGUGAUGGGUGAUAAGUGCGACCGCUGCCAGCCUGGGUACCAUUCUCUCACUGAGGCAGGAUGCAGACCUUGCGCUUGUGAUCCUUCUGGCAGCACUGAUGAAUGUAAUGUUGAAACAGGAAGAUGUGUUUGCAAAGACAAUGUGGAAGGCUUCAAUUGUGAGAGAUGCAAACCUGGAUUUUUUAAUCUGGAAUCAUCAAAUCCAAGGGGUUGCACACCCUGCUUCUGCUUUGGGCAUUCGUCUGUCUGUACAAAUGCUGUGGGCUACAGCACUUAUUCUAUAACCUCUAACUUUCAGAUUGAUGAGGAUGGGUGGCAUGCAGAACAGAGGGAUGGUUCUGAAGCAUUACUUGAGUGGUCUGCAGAGAGGCAAGAUAUCUCUGUCAUCUCAGAUAGCUACUUUCCUAGGUACUUCAUUGCUCCUGCAAAGUUCUUGGGCAAACAGGUGCUGAGUUAUGGGCAGAACUUCUCCUUCUCCUUUCGAGUGGACAGGCGAGACACUCGCCUCUCUGCAGAAGAUGUGGUGCUUGAAGGAGCUGGCCUGAGAGUGUCUGUGCCCUUGAUCGCUCAGAGCAACUCCUACCCUAGCGAGACUACAGUGAAAUACAUCUUCAGGCUCCAUGAAGCAACAGAUUACCCUUGGAGGCCUGCUCUUACCCCUUUUGAGUUUCAGAAGCUCCUAAACAAUUUGACCUCUAUCAAGAUCCGUGGGACAUAUAGUGAAAGAAGUGCUGGAUAUUUGGAUGAUGUCACCCUGGCGAGUGCUCGUCCUGGGCCUGGGGUCCCUGCCACGUGGGUGGAGUCCUGCACCUGUCCUGUGGGCUAUGGAGGGCAGUUUUGUGAGAUGUGCCUCUCCGGUUAUAGAAGAGAAACCCCAAGUCUCGGACCAUACAGUCCGUGCGUGCUCUGUACCUGCAAUGGGCACAGUGAGACCUGUGACCCCGAGACAGGUGUUUGUAACUGCAGAGACAACACAGAUGGCCCCCACUGUGAGAAGUGCAGCGAUGGGUUCUAUGGAGAUUCAACCGUGGGCACUUCCUCUGAUUGCCAGCCCUGCCCGUGUCCUGGGGGCUCGAGCUGUGCUGUUGUGCCUAAGACUAAGGAGGUGGUGUGCACCAAUUGUCCUACUGGCACCACAGGUAAGAGAUGUGAGCUCUGUGAUGAUGGCUACUUUGGAGACCCUCUGGGCAGAAAUGGCCCAGUGAGGCUGUGCCGCCUGUGCCAGUGCAAUGGCAACAUCGACCCCAAUGCCGUGGGAAAUUGCAACCGCUUGACAGGAGAAUGCCUGAAGUGCAUCUAUAACACUGCUGGCUUCUAUUGUGACCGAUGCAAAGAUGGAUUUUUUGGAAAUCCCCUGGCUCUCAAUCCAGCUGACAAAUGCAAAGCCUGCAGCUGCAACCCUUAUGGGACCGUAAGGCAGCAGAGUGGCUGUAACCCCGUGACCGGGCAGUGUGAAUGUCAACCUCACGUGAGUGGCCGGGACUGUGGGGCCUGUGACCCUGGCUACUACAACCUGCAGAGCGGGCAAGGCUGCGAGAGGUGUGACUGCCACGCUUUGGGUUCCACCAAUGGGCAGUGUGACAUCCGCACUGGCCAGUGUGAGUGCCAGCCUGGCAUCACGGGACAGCAGUGUGAGCGCUGUGAGGUCAACCACUUUGGGUUCGGACCUGAAGGCUGCAAACCCUGUGACUGUCACCCUGAGGGGUCUCUUUCGCUCCAGUGCAAGGAUGAUGGUCGUUGUGAAUGCAAAGAAGGCUUUGUGGGAAAUCGCUGUGACCAGUGUGAAGAGAACUAUUUCUACAAUCGGUCUUGGCCUGGAUGCCAGGAAUGUCCAGCCUGUUACCGACUGGUAAAGGACAAGGUUGCUGAUCAUCGAGCGAAACUCCAGGAAUUAGAGAAUCUCAUAGCAAACCUUGGAACUGGGGAUGAGGCGGUGACGGAUCAAGCCUUUGAGGAUAGACUCAAACAAGCAGAGAGAGAGGCUAUGAACCUCCUUCUUGAGGCCCAGGAUGUCAAAGAUGUGGACCAGAAUUUGAUGGAUCGCCUCCAGAGAGUAAAUAACACCCUUUCCAGCCAAAUUAGCCGUUUACAGAAUAUCCGGAAUACCGUUGAGGAGACUGGAAACUUGGCUGAACAAGCACGUUCCCGGGUAGAGAGCACAGAGCAGUUGAUUGAAAUCGCAUCCAGAGAACUUGAAAAAGCAAAGAUGGCCGUUGCCAACGUGUCAAUUAUUCAGCCAGAGUCUACAGGAGACCCAAACAACAUGACUCUUUUGGCAGAAGAAGCGCGAAGGCUGGCUGAACGCCAUAAGCAAGAAGCUGAUGAUAUUGUACGAGUUGCAAAGACUGCCAAUGAUACAUCAACUGAAGCAUAUAAUCUGCUUUUGAAGACACUGGCAGGAGAAAAUCAAACAGCAUUGGAGAUUGAAGAGCUUAAUAGAAAGUAUGAGCAAGCAAAGAACAUCUCACAAGACCUGGAGAAGCAAGCUGCCCGAAUCCAUGAGGAAGCCAAGAAGGCUGGUGACAAAGCUGUGGAGAUCUAUGCCAGUGUGGCCCAGCUCACCCCUGUGGACUCAGAAGCUCUGGAGAAUGAAGCCAAUAAAAUAAAGAAGGAAGCUGAGGAUCUGGACCGACUCAUUGAGCAGAAGUUGAAAGAUUAUGAGGACCUCAGAGAGGACAUGAGAGGAAAGGAACUGGAAGUAAAGAACCUUCUGGAGAAAGGAAAGACGGAACAACAGACUGCAGACCAACUUCUAGCACGAGCUGAUGCCGCCAAAGCUCUUGCUGAAGAAGCUGCUAAAAAGGGACGAAAUACCUUACAGGAAGCUAAUGACAUUCUCAACAACCUGAAAGAUUUUGAUAGGAGAGUCAAUGACAAUAAGACGGCCGCAGAGGAGGCUCUAAAGAGAAUCCCUGCCAUCAACCAGACCAUCAUUGAAGCCAACGAAAAGACUAGGGAAGCUCAGCUGGCGCUGGGCAAUGCUGCUGCUGAUGCCACCGAGGCGAAAGACAAGGCCCACGAGGCUGAGAAGAUUGCCAGCGCUGUCCAGAAGAAUGCUACCACCACCAAGGCAGAAGCUGAAAGGACUUUUGCAGAAGUUACAGACCUGGAUAAUGAUGUGAACAAUAUGUUGAAACAACUACAAGAAGCAGAAAAUGAGCUGAAGAGAAAGCAAGAGGAUGCCGACCAGGACAUGAUGAUGGCAGGGAUGGCUUCCCAGGCUGCUCAGGAAGCCGAGAUCAAUGCCAGGAAGGCCAAAAACUCCGUCAACAGCCUCCUCCAGCAAAUCAAUGACCUCUUGGAGAAGCUGGGGCAGCUGGACACAGUGGACCUGAACAAGCUAAAUGAGAUCGAGGGGACCCUGAACAGAGCCAAAGAUGAAAUGAAAGUCAGUGAUCUAGACAGAAAAGUGUCUGACCUGGAGAAUGAAGCCAAGAAGCAGGAGGCUGCCAUCAUGGACUAUAACCGAGACAUUGAGGAGAUUAGGAAGGACAUUAAGAACUUGGAAGACAUCAAGAAGACCUUACCAUCUGGCUGCUUCAACACCCCGUCCAUCGAGAAGCCCUAGCAUCUCCCCUUAGGGCUGGAAGACAGCAUCCCCCGACGGGGAGCCGGUGUGAGGACAUGCAGUGCCUUCACACAAAGAUUACAUUUUUCAGACCCCCACUUCUCUGCUGCUCUCCAUCACUGUCUUUUUGAACCAGGAAAAGUCACAAAGUUUAAAGAGAAGCAAUUAAACAUCAUGAAUCAGGAACAAAGGGUUUUAUCUAGUAAAGUCUCUUUCCACUCUCAUUGCUCCCUUGCUGACACUCUACCCACUGAGGUGUGUGAGGACGUGGCCCCUCUGUUACUGUCUGGUGGCGUAAAUGCUUCGUGGGAACCAUGCUGUGCCAGGGCUGAGCUCAUUGUCCUCCCUUCUCCUUGACACCCGACAGAACCUCCUCAGUCUCAAUACUCUUGUUUCUAUGAAGGAAAAAUCUGGCUACUAGUAGUAGCGCUGUGAUGGCCAGUAUGUCUAGUCCACAGAGAAAACACACCUGCUCCUCCUGCCCCUCCUUUUAAGCAAAAGGAAAUCAACAUCCUGUACCAAAGUAUUGGUCAGUGGGUCAAGAGCCACCACAGUUGUAGCUCUCCCGAGCAUAGGACCCCAGCUGUCCCCCGGGGAGGACGCCAUUAUUCCGAUGGUCUCCGGGAGAGCAUGGGAACACAGAACGUGCUGACCUGUUCUCACGUGUUAACCAUUGACUAGGAAGAUAUGCUUUUUUCAGACCUUGGGAAGCUGAUCCUUUAAAUCCACAUGGGCAGCUUGCACACACAGAUAGACAUCUUUUGAUUUCCUUAUGAAUACAGGGAUAUGAUAACCACUAACUUUUUUUUUUUUGCAAUAUCAUCUAAUUUUUAGGGCUUUUUUAGUAUGUUAGUCUUAGAACUAGAGCUAUCUGGCAGAGAACAGUUGGUCCCUGAGAUCUUGACAAACACAACAAAAGAAGUCUUUUCUAGCAAAGGGAUGAAACUUAGAUACAACUUAUAUUGUAGGUGCCCAGACCUGUUUUUCUUCCUUUGGGGAGAGAUGAAACAUUUCACCCUUAACCUAAUUUUCUUCUGAUGGUCCCAGCUUCUAGAAGCCCUCAAAACACGUUGUUUGCCAAAUCCUGGUGGCAAAUACUUGCACUCAGUAUUUCACACAGCUGCCUAAACCAUCUAGUUCCUGUACUUUGUGAUUUAAACCCACUCCUACCCUUCCCUCUGAGAGCAGAGGGAAGACCCUGACAUGGGAUUUCCUAGUGGGCUUCUCCACUUCUGAUCCUCAGCUCUGUGGUCUUUUAGGAUCACAGUGUGACAAUUCCCUGCUACACAACCCCUCCUCCUACCCACCUGCCUUGAGAUUCACAUAUAGCCUUUAACACCAUGCAACUUUGUACUUUGCAUAGCCGGGGGGGAAAGAAACUAUUAUCUGACACACUGGUGCUAUUAAUUAUUUCAAAUUUAUAUUUUUGUGUGAAUGUUUUUUUUUGUUUGUUUAUCAUGAUUAUAGAGUAAGGAAUUUAUGUAAAUAUCCUUGUUCCUGUUUCUAGAAUGGCACUGUUCACUCUGCACUCCAUUUUCCCUCUUCACUGGCACGAUGUGACUGUAUACCUCCUUCCCUACCGUCUGCAGUUCCUUGGAUUGUACGUUCCCCGUCACCAUACUCUCUGCCUUAUGUUUGCGCACAUCCAUCCUUUAAUAUCAGUACCAACCUGCUUUCCUUCACACAGAGCUGCUCAAAAGAGGCGCCUUGAGCCUCUUCCAUCAGUCCUGGUGGCCCUGACCUGCAGCACCACAAGGUCCUUGAUGCCAGCUCCAGAGCAGGGCCGCCCGGUUGGUAGGAUGUGGUAGAAGAAGGAAACUUUGCUGAAGGGGCUCUGAACACAAUGUGGGUCUAACCAGAGAUGAGCUAGAAAUGCCCUUUCUGGCAAUAGUUUGAGCCAGGUGCAUCAGUGUUAUAAGGAGUGCGUCCUUACUGGGCACUUGCAGAGUGUCAGGGGCUGUGCAACAGGAAAGUGGGUGCAGAGAGGCCCUGUAACUGACUCCUCCCUUCCAUCUCUUCUCUGUAGACCAGCGUUGACUGCAGACAUGGACUUAGCAUGCCCCUGAGCAGUACCUCCGCUGCUUCUCUCAGGCCUCUCCUGUUAGGGCAGGAGGAACGGCUCUUUCUUGCCAAGUCUUCACAUCAGUGUUUCCUAACUAGUUUUUCUUGUUAAGAGGCCCCAUUCUAUCAGACAUUUUGGUCAAGUUUGCAGGAAAGACUGCAGAUAGACUUCCAGGGUGGUUUCCAUCUAACCUAUGGGUAAGGUUCACUCUUCUGAAUCGUAGGCCAUGGUGAAAUUUGUUUCUGUGUUUUUGGCUUUUCUCCUCCAUUUGUGUGGUAUAUUUUUAAACAGAAUUUUAUUUUUAAAGUGAAAGUUCUUUAUAAGACGAUACCUUAAUUAUACUCCUGCAAUAUAGCCAUUAUUUUAUUGUAUAGUUUCAGUUAUCUGUAUUUUAUGUAAUAAAAUGGACAGGGUGGCUGCUGCAGAAUGUUGGGUGUCGCCGGGAAUGUAGACAGCUGUUUCUCGGAAUUCUUCUUUAUAAUUCCACUGUGGCCCUUUUAUAUGUGCCUUCACUUUAGCUGUUUGCCUUAAUCUUUACAGUCUUGCUCUCCUGGGUGGUGAAGAAAAUGCAACAUUUGGCAUUUUUGAUGUUAAAAAAAACAGUAUUUUAUUUAUAAUAAAAUCUGAAUAUUUGUAACCCUUUA